AUGUCGCGCGCGACCCCGGUCGAGUAUGACUAUCCAGCAGGCUUCCUUCGCGGAAAUGUCCCCGACAUCAUCAUGAUGCCCUGUGGCGUGCACAAGCGACCCAAGAAGAUCUCCGUGCAGCCUCGGCGCCUUGGGGAGCGUCCUCGAACUGGUGCUCAGCGCUACAGACGCCAGGUCGAGGGUGGAGACAAGCUGGGAUCCUGCGAGUGCGACUUCCACGACUUCCCAGAACUACGUGCGGAGCGUGAGAAAGCAGCAAUGAUCACUCAAUUUUCGCGUACAUUCUUCCCAUUCCGCAGGCUCCCGGGCGAGCUUCGCAACAACAUCCACGGGCUCGUCCUCACCUUCCGCGACGCCAUCGAGUUCUGCCCAGAGCCUUUUACCUUCAGCGGUCAAGGCCAGCUCAAGGGCGACUUUCUCGUCAACUACAAGCAGAGUGCCAAGUAUCAUCAUCAAAGUACGAAGCACAAGCUUAACACCGCAGCCGCAUUGAUGCGCACCGAUCGUCAAAACAGCAAGGAGACCACGUCCAUCUUCUACGGUACCAACGAGUUCCGAUUCAGUAACACCACGGGCUGGAUCUCGCUUGACUUCUUCCUCAACAAGAUCGGACUCGAAAAGGCUGCAAUGCUUCGCAUGGUCACUGUUUGCCACCCCAAGUUUCUCGUCAAGCCUGUAUCUGUCUCCAGCCAGGAGUCGUUCAAGAAGGGUUGCAUCUACCUCGAGAUUGGAGGCAUCAUCAAGGAGCCAGGCUUCGUCUACGAGAAGCGCUGGUUCGAGGAGCAGGGCACCACUAGGGACCCAGCUCUCGUCCUCGAGAAAGUGGGCGAGCUCCAGAAGCUCUGUCUUACUGUCCCGGUCUACGCUGAUCCGGGCGCUGCGAACGACACGGUGGUGGACGAGAACAAGUUCGAGGAUCUCAAGAUCAGCUUCCUGGGUCUGCACAGCAAGAGCGUGCCCGCAAAGUGGAUCAACGAGCCAGGCUGGUGGGUUCGAGACAAUAUCCGUAAGGGUAGAGCAUCUGCUCAGUCUGCUGGAGUUCAGAACGGGAAGCAGUACAAGGUUGAGGACAUCUUUCUUGAUGAGGUUGGGUUCUACCGCUCGUUGGCUAUGGCAAGACCCGAAAAGAAUUAG